UCAUUCAUUACAAUGCUGUAAAAUGGUAAUGAAUGGUGAAAGGCUACUUGUACAAUUUGGUACUUUUCUUGUGAGUUUUUAGGGAUUUUUUUUUACUUUCUGUAAAUGGACACCUUAAAACUUGUAUCACAGAACUAGAGCAUGAAUCAACAGACAAAUAGUUUAGUUUUGACUUCUGACAGCUGUGAUAAACGUGUUGAGUGGCUUUCAGGUCGAAGUAUUCUGCUUUCCUGUUUCCAUAUAAAGUCAAAAUACAGUGUUGGGUGGAAACUCAUGAAACAUAAUGAAUGUGUGUGUGUGUGUUAUCUCAGUCACGGCUGAUGUCAUGACUCAUUCUUGGAGAGAUCGUUGGCGCGUUUCUAGCGUUUAUAACGCUCUAUGAGGCGGAUGACGCCAUAGACAGUUCCAGAUAAAACUCCCUGAGACGCACAUGGAUCAAUAGUAGAGACGCAACACCGAACUAAACUCAACUGAACUCUGCUUAACUCUGGGGAACUCUGGGGAACAGGCUUUCCUUUCUGACAGCAUGGAGAUGAUCGCGGGUGUGCAGAAGAUGUCGGUGGGGCGGCCGGCAGCAGGAAGGGGUGUGUUGUGUCUGACAUGUAAAGGGAUCUGUGCUGGAUUCCAGCCACAUUCCUGGAGAAAAGCCUGCACUCAGUGUCACUGCAGUCUGGAGGAGCAUAUGUCCAGCUCCGACAGCGAAGACGACCGUAAGGUGGGCAGACUACUGGCAGAGUCCCGCUAUGCUCAUCUCACGACUAAAGUGAAGGGAGGAGAUGGGCUAAGGGUCUACAAACGCAACCGCAUGAUUGUCACAAACCCGGUGGUCUCACGUAAAGACCCGACCUUCAACACUGUAACCUACGACUGGGCACCACCAGGACUCACACAGAAACUAGCGAUGCAGUACAUGGAGCUUCUCCCUGCAGACAAGCGUCCUGUGGCCAGCACCGAAGGGGCGUUGUAUCGCCACAGGCAACUGAUAAGACAGCUGCCCUUGUACGAUCAGGACCCAUCAUGCUGCCACAGCCUGUCUGAGGAAGAGCUAAGAGCCAUGACUGACUUUGUGAGGUCAUAUAAAGAGGAGGCACUUGGGGUCGGGGAGGUCGCCCUGCCUGGAGAAGGAGGAACAACCAAACAGAAGAAUGAAAAACAAACCCAGGAACAACCAAACCCUGAGACCACCACCAACGGAACAGCAGAGGAGAACAAGAAGAGUGAAUGUAGCUGCAGUGGUUGUGGUCAGUUGGCAGCGAUGGACAGUCCUGUAGUGUACGCUGACAGGUGCGGAUAUGAGAGACUCUGGCACCCCACCUGCUUUGUGUGCAGUGAGUGUGGUGAAGCUCUAGUGGACCUCAUCUACUUCUGGAAGGACGGAGCACUGCUGUGUGGACGUCAUUACUGCCAGAGCAUCAGACCUCGCUGUCUGGGCUGUGAUGAGCUGAUCUUCUCAGAGUUGUUUCAUCAAGACGCUGAUGGGAGCUUCUGGCAUAAGGAACAUUUCUGCUGUUGGCUGUGUGGACAGAACCUCAGAGUUCAAUGUGGAUGUGACAACCGCCAAUCAAAAGCAUUCUCAAACCAGUAAAAUACUGGCUAAUCAGGCACAGAACACACAUAGCCUUCAGUUUUCGAAAACAACAACUAAAUAUUUUGUUAAUUACUAAUUAAAGCUCAUGAUUUUUUGGGUGUGUAAUUUUGUCUUUGCAUAUAAGCAAGAAAAUUCAACCUGGUCUCAUAGAAUCACAUCACUACAGUAUACCUACACAGGGCUGCCGAUAAGGGGGGACAACUGGACCUUUUGUACCGGGCCCGGGCUUGAGAAAGGAUAUUGUAGAGCGCAUCUAAACGCGUUCAGCGGGAGAUGCAUAUAUAAACAUGGACACAGUGCACAACAGCAAAAGCCGUCGGGGUAGCGCACGUAGAUGGAAUGACUGUCUGCACACCACCCAUACCCGAAUAUGACAUCUAAACACUUUCUAUUGCACAAGACUUAUAAAAUUAUACAUUUUAAAAUUUGCAUUAUGUAAACAAAUACAUUAACUAGUCUGUAUUGACUUUCAGGCUGUCGGUUGAUAGUCAGUUGCCAGUGUGUUGUUAAGAGAGACAUAAUUUAUGACAGUCCGGUGUGAGAUAAUAAGAUUAAUAAAGUGCAGUGCUGAUGUAUAUUGAUCGUGAGAAAUCAAGAAAGUCUGAUUGCUUGGGGGAAGAAGCUGUCAUGGAGUCGGCUGGUGCGGGUCUUGAUGCUACGAUACCGCCUGCCUGAUGGUAGCAGUGAGAGCAGCCCAUGGCUCGGGUGGCUGGAGUCUCUGAUGAUCCUCCGAGCUUUUUUCACACACCACCUGGUAUAUAUGUCCUGGAGGGAGGGAAGCUCAUCUCCGAUGAUGUGUCUGGCAGUUCGCACCAUCCUUUACAGGGCUUUGUGGUUGUGGGCGGUGCUAUUGCCAUACCAGGCAGUGAUGAAGCCAGUCAGGAUGCUCUCUACAGUGCUGGUGUAGAACUGUGUGAGGAUGUGGUGGUUAAUUCCAAACUUCCUCAGCCAUCUCAGGAAGAAGAGGCGCUGAUGAGCCUUCUUCACAAUGGCCUCAGUGUGGACGGACCAUGUGAGUUUCUCAGUGAUGUGGACACAGAGGAACUUGAAGCUGCUGACUCUCUCCACCGGUGCUCCAUUGAUGGUGAUGGGACUGUGUUCUCUGUCUUUUCUCCUGAAGUCCACCACAAGCUCCUUUGUCUUGCUGAUGUUGAGGGAGAGGUUGUGCUCCUGACACCAACGUGUCAGAGUGUGCACCUCCUCUCUGUAGGCUGUUUCAUUAUUGUCAGUGAUCAGACCUACCACCGUCGUAUCAUCAGCAAACUUAAUGAUGGCUUUGGAGCUGUGUGUUGCCACACAGACAUGUGUGUACAGUGAAUACAGGAGUGUGCUGUGAACACAGCCCUGAGGGGCUACAGUGUUGAGGGUCAGUGUUGAGGAGAUGUUGCUGCCCAUUCUAACCACC